AUGCCUGUUUUCCAUACAAAGAUCAUAGAGAGCAUCCUUGAGCCGGUGGCUCAACAGGUAUCUCGCCUGGUCAUUCUCCAUGAAGAAGCUGAAGAUGGUAACGCCAUGCCGGACCUGGCGAGGCCCGUACAGGCCGUCUCACUGGCUGUCAACAACCUCGUUAAGGUGGGCCAUGAGACCAUAGAAUCAGCUGAUGACAACUUGCUCCGGGCCGAUAUGCCGGGGGCUUUACACAGGGUUGAGGGCGCCGCGACGUUACUACAGCAAGCAUCAGACAUGCUAAGAGGAGACCCUUACUCAGGACCAGCCAGGAAAAAGCUGAUCGAAGGUUCCCGAGGCAUCCUCCAAGGCACGUCAGCUUUGCUGCUUUGUUUCGACGAGUCCGAAGUUAGGAAAAUUGUCAAGGAGUGUAAAAAGGUGUUAGACUAUCUUGGUGUUGCAGAAGUAAUCGAUACUAUGGAGGACCUCGCUCAGUUCUUACGAGAUAUCUCACCAGCUCUCUCCAAAGCAGCGAGGGAGGUGGCGGCGCGUGCUGCUGAGCUGACCCACCCUCCUCACGCGGACACACUCGCCCGCUGUCUUGAGAGUGUCAAGCGACUGGCUCCGGUACUGAUUUGUGCCAUGAAGACAUACAUACAUAUACUCUCAGAAGGAGGCAAAGGUAUUGAAGAUGCGGCCGAGAACAGGAACUAUCUGGCUCAAAGAAUGGCUGAUGAGAUACAUGAGAUCAUUAGGGUGUUACAAUUGACGUCGUACGUGGAGGACGGCGGUGAGAAAGACAACAUAGCCGUGUUGAAGGCUCUACAGAGUCUGGUGCAUAGUAAAGUGCUCGCCGCUAAUGAAUUCCUUGAUGACCCGGAAACCCAGCGGACCAGCGCGGGCGAGCGAGCUCUACGAGCAGCACUCACGGCCGCCUCACGAGCAGCCGAUCACACAGACACACACCUCGCGGAUAGACUACGACGAGCUGCCCGGAGCGGCGGCAUCAACGCAGACGUGCUGUGUGAUGAGCGGCAGUAUGGACGAGGGAGGGAACAGAAGGCGCUGAGUUUAGCCGCGGAGUUGAAGACUCAGCUCAGAGACAUACAGGGGGCUGUAAACGAGGGAGUACGGGCGGCUGAGAAGAUACAGGGAGGGAAGACUAUAGCUGCCAGGUUAGAGACCGCCCACAAGUGGCUGGUACACCCCGCGUGUGACCCUACCACCAGGGUCGAGGGUCAGAAGGCUAUCAACAGUAUCGUGUCGCAGGGACAAAGGAUAGCUGACAACCUCCACGGUCGUGAGAAAGCGGAAGUGAUGCAGCUGUGCUCUGAGGUACAGAGGCUGGCCGACCAGCUGGCUGACCUGUGUAUGAGUGGGGAAGGACACCACGAGGAGGCCGGGACACUCACACGCCAGCUGACCGGCAAGCUGCACGAACUGAAGCGCGCCAUGGAGCGAGCAGUCGUCAACAGAGUGGUUGAGGACUUCAUAGACGUGGCCGCUCCUCUCAGACACUUCACUGAUGCGGUGAACGCGCCUGAAGGUACUCCUAAUCGCGAGGGUAAUUUCCACGACAAAGCAUCGUCCCUAGCUAGCUUCAGUUCCCGGGCAGCGGCCGCCGCGGGCAUGGUCGCCGCUGACAUCACACACGACAAGAGACUCGCGGACCAGCUGAGGCAACACGCGCAGGAGGUGGAGAAAUUAUCGCCUCAACUGAUCUGCGCUGGCAAGAUACGACUGCACUAUCCUGAAAGCAAGGUGGCCGAAGAACAUUUCAACAACCUGAAAUCUCAGUAUUCCGACGCUGUUCUUCGUUGUCGUGAUCUAUGCGACCAGGCCGUUGACCCCUUGGAGUUUGUGAGAACCGCUGGUGAACUGAUUCAGAAGCACACGUACUUGUGUGAGGACGCGAUACGAAACAACGAUUCGCAGAAGAUGGUCGACAAUACAUCCGCUAUCGCCAGGUUAGCAAACCGCGUCCUACUAGUAGCUGGUCGUGAGCGAGACAACACUGAGGACGGAGACUUCAGCUCCGCCCUUGGAACUGCGCAGAGUAGACUGCAGGCGGCGUUGGCGCCCGCUGUACGAGCAGCAAAGAGUGUGGCGCUGGGGCAGCAUGGAGCAGCGCCACACUGGAGGACCGCUAACGGAGAGAUCAUCCAGGCCGUCAGCGGUGUGGAGGAGGCGCUCUCCCGUCACUACGCCCCACCCCCUCCGUCGCCCCCGCCCCCUCCGUCGCUCCCCUCCCUCUCCUCCCUGCACGUGUCGUCGCCGGCCCCGCCCCGCCCGCCUCCCCCCUCCAUGUCAGCUCCUCCCCGCCCGCCCCCGCCGGACACAGACGACGAGGGUGAGGACAUCUUCAGGAGACAGCCACACCCGAGUCAGCCUAUCCUGGUGGCUGCUCACAACCUACACAAGGCGGUCCGCGAGUGGUCGUCCAAGGACAACGAGAUCAUCGCCGCCGCUAAACGGAUGGCCAUACUCAUGGCGCGACUGUCCGACCUCGUGCGAUCCGACUCUAAGGGUAGCAAGCGUGAGUUGAUAGCUACAGCGAAGGCCAUAGCUGAGGCUUCAGAGGAAGUGACUCGCCUCGCCAAGAAACUGGCUCUGGAGUGUACUGACAAGAGAAUUAGAACGAACCUUCUCCAAGUCUGUGAACGUAUCCCCACCAUCGGAACUCAAUUGAAAAUUCUAUCAACUGUCAAGGCUACUAUGCUUGGAGCACAAGGUAGCGAAGAAGAUCAAGAGGCGACUGAAAUGUUGGUUGGAAACGCUCAAAACUUGAUGCAGAGUGUUAAGGAAACCGUCAAAGCAGCAGAGGGUGCUUCAAUCAAGAUACGUACUGAGCAAGGAGCUUACAGACUACGCUGGGUGAGACGCUCACCCUGGUACCAGAUAUAA